UUUAAGAGCGCUGUCUCCACAGCACCAUCUCACACCGUGCUUGAGCAUCUGGAUUUUUUCUUCAUUCUGGGUUAAAUUAGACGGUUUAAUCCGUGAUAGGUUUAAGGAAACUCCAAUUCUUUCCUCGGGAGCUCUGCCUCUGCUGAUGCGCGUCUCCGCCUGAAGCCGGAGGAUGGGCGCGUGCGCCCGCGCGGCGGCUCUGGCUCUGGUGCUGCAGCAGCUCGUGCUCUCGGUCGCAGCUCAAGGCAUGAUCUACGACCUGCUGGUGUCUCCAGACUGCCUGCCAGACUUGCUCCAGGGAAGCCUGAAGAACAAAGGGCGAGAUGAGGCCUUCCUCCUCUCGUCCUUCCGGCUCCACAGCAAGGCCCCCACCCCCCUCUACAGUGUCAUCAACCCCAAAGACAACACCAAGUACCUGGAGGUCAGCGUGCAGGCCAAGAUGAGCAAGGUCACCAUUCGCUACCAGAGGACCGACGGCAGAUUCGUCACGACCGGUUUCAAACACGCUUCCCUGGCAGACGGCCGAGACCACCACAUGAUGCUGCACGCCAGCGGUCUGCAGGGCGGCCCGCCGCGCCUCGACGUCUACGUAGACUGCCGACUGGUCCACAGUCUGGAGGAUCUGCCCGCUGCGUUCGGGUCGCUCCCUUCUGGUCCCAACAAGAUCGCACUUCGGACCCUGCAGUCCAGCGCACAGGAUGAGCUGACGGACCUGAAGCUGGUGAUCGAGGACACCGUGGACAACGUGGCGACGCUGCAGGACUGCAGCACGGAUCAGAGUGAAUCCCUGCAGCUGCUGAGCAUCCAGGGAGGCCGGCCGGCCCACGACCAGGCCGCCAUGCGGGAGCUGAAGAGCAUGGUAUCUGAGAUGAAGGAGCUGCUCCUCAAGCAGAUUAAGGAGACAACUUUUCUGAGGAAUACCAUCACAGAGUGUCUUCCCUGUGGUCUCGGGGGCAAUCCGACCCACCCGGGUCCGACUCCCAGUCCCGCGCAGUCCGUCCUGCAGCCCCAGCCUCUGACUCAGUGCCCACCCGGCGCCUGCUUCAGACAGGACAUGUGCGUCCGCUCCGAGUCCGGGGGGUUCCGGUGCGGCCCGUGUCCCGACGGGUACGCAGGAGACGGGGCGCACUGUGACGACGUCGAUGAGUGCCAGUUGCAUCCGUGCUACCGUGGCGUCCGGUGUGUAAACACUGCUCCGGGGUUUGGCUGUGAGGCCUGCCCUGUGGGGUACAGCGGCCCGGAGAUCAGUGGAGUCGGAGUUUCCUACGCCGAGUCCCACAAACAGGCGUGUCACGAUAUCGAUGAGUGUCUGGGUCCGACAGUGAACGGAGGCUGCGCUGCCAACUCUCGCUGCUCCAACACGGACGGCUCCUUCCGCUGCGGAGAGUGUGACACCGGCUUCACCGGAGACCAGACGAGGGGCUGCACGAGGCUUUGCCCCGACGGGCGGCCCGACCCGUGUGACGCCCACGCCCAGUGUGUCGUGGAGAGAGACGGCAGCGUCAGCUGUGAGUGUGGCGUUGGUUGGGCAGGUAAUGGCUAUGUGUGUGGAAAGGACACCGAUAUCGACGGAUACCCUGACGAUAAGCUCCAGUGCAGAGACAACAACUGUAAGCAGGACAACUGUGUCUUUGUGCCAAACUCUGGCCAAGAGGACGCAGACAGGGACGCGCUGGGUGACUCCUGUGAUGACGAUGCAGACAGCGACGGCAUCACUAACGUCGAUGACAACUGCUGGCUCGUCCUCAACGUGGACCAAAGGAACAGCGAUCAGGAUCUCCUUGGCGACGCCUGUGACAACUGCAGAACACUUGAAAAUCCCUCGCAGAGAGACACAGAUCAGGACGGGCUGGGAGACGAAUGUGAUGACGAUAUGGACGGGGACGGCUUUAAGAAUAUCCUGGACAACUGCCAGCAAGUCCCCAACGCCGACCAGGAGGACAGAGACGCCGACGGGGUGGGAGACGCCUGUGACAGCUGUCCAGACGUUGCCAACACCAACCAGUCGGACUCAGAUGACGACCUUGUGGGAGAUACCUGCGACGACAACAUAGACAGUGACGGAGAUGGCCACCAGAACACGAAAGACAACUGUCCCACAGUCAUCAACUCCUCCCAGCUGGACACCGACAAGGAUGGAAUGGGAGACGAAUGCGACGAUGACGACGAUAACGACGGCGUAACGGACGACGACGACAACUGCCGACUCGUCGUCAACCCGGAGCAGGAGGACGCAGACGAGAACAACGUUGGAGACGAAUGCGAAGGAGACUUUGACAAAGACAACGUGAUCGAUGUCAUCGACCACUGCCCAGAGAACGCUGAGGUCUCCCUGACCGACUUCAGAGCCUAUCAAACCGUCGUGCUGGAUCCAGAGGGGGACUCUCAGAUCGACCCCAACUGGGUGGUCCUGAAUCAGGGCAUGGAGAUAGUCCAGACCAUGAACUCUGACCCCGGCCUCGCGGUCGGCUACACGGCGUUCAGCGGGGUCGACUUCGAGGGAACGUUCCACGUCAACACGGUGACGGACGACGACUACACCGGCUUCAUCUUCAGCUACCAGGACUCCUCCUCCUUCUACGUGGUGAUGUGGAAGCAGACGGAGCAGACCUACUGGCAGGCCGCGCCCUUCAGAGCCGUCGCCGACCCGGGAAUCCAACUCAAGGUAGUGAAGUCAAAGACCGGUCCUGGUGAGUAUCUGAGGAACUCCCUCUGGCACACAGGAGACACCCCCGAUCAGGUGCGGCUCCUGUGGAAGGACCCCAGGAACGUUGGCUGGAAGGACAAGGUGUCUUACCGCUGGUUCCUGCAGCACCGACCACAGGUCGGAUACAUCAGGGCUCGUUUCUUUGAGGGGUCCAAACUGGUGGCGGACACCCACGUGAUCAUUGACACCAGCAUGAGAGGCGGGAGGCUGGGCGUGUUCUGCUUCUCCCAGGAAAACAUCAUCUGGUCCAACCUGAAGUACCGUUGCAACGACACGAUUCCUGCUGACUACGAGGAUCUCACUGCCCAGAACACAGAGUGAAGCCAGAGGGCAGCGAUCCAUGAGGAAAACACUCGAGCCGCUGAAGACGUGGAUGAAAGCAGAGCUGCAGACGGGGAGGGAAACAGAUUAUUGAGAGGGAACAUGGACAGUUCUGGUGAAGGUAUUUUAACUUUGACAUGCGAGAGGAAAUUCGGGAACUAUAACGUUGGGCAUUAUAUACAUUACUUGUGUUUAACUGGAGAUAGUACACACUUGUAUAAAUCAGCAGGUUUUGUGUUCAUGCAUUAUCUCAAAUGCAGUUAUGAGCAUUAUAUGAGUUCUGUUAAAUAUACAAUAAGGUUUUGAAUGUGUUGGAAUUACAAUAAAAAAUGUUGCAUUAAAGAAAGUCUUUUUUUUCGUCAUGCGGUCAUUGUUAUUUAUCUGUAGGAGCGAAAACUUCAACAAAUAAAAAGACACCACGUGGCGUUU